UCGCUCCUUCCCUCCCUCUGGGAGCUCUCCCUGAAACAAAGUUAACGCUAAGAAUACAACUUGACUCCACCAACGCUCUCCGUUUUCUCGUCUUUUGCCGGUGAAAAUGGAGGCUGGAGUAGCGAGCUAUGCUCGCGGGACAAUUCCGCACGAUGUGUUGCGUAUCCCACGCGUGGCUGCACCAUCUUCUGCUCCUUCCUUCUCACGAUCGCAUAGGAAUCAUGGUCUCAGAUCCAGUUCACUCUUCGGUGAAUCUCUGCGGGUGAUGUCAAAGUCUUCCCCCAGAAUUUCAAAGAGAGCCGGCAGCUCCUCGCUCAUCACCAAGUGUGAGAUUGGGGAUAGCUUGGAGGAGUUCUUAACGAAGGCAACCCCAGAUAAGAACCUAAUCAGGCUGCUAAUGAGCAUGGGAGAGGCGCUGAGGACCAUAUCCUUCAAAGUGAGAACUGCAUCUUGUGGUGGGACUGCUUGCGUUAACUCAUUUGGUGAUGAACAGCUUGCCGUCGACUUGGUUGCCAACAAGCUGCUUUUUGAGGCUCUGCAAUAUUCCCACGUCUGCAAAUAUGCUUGCUCUGAGGAAGUUCCUGAGCUACAAGACAUGGGCGGGGCAGCUGAAGGUGGUUUUAGCGUGGCCUUUGAUCCCCUCGAUGGCUCCAGCAUCGUUGACACAAAUUUCACCGUUGGCACGAUAUUUGGUGUUUGGCCUGGCGACAAACUUACGGGUGUGACCGGAAGAGAUCAAGUAGCUGCAGCUAUGGGAAUAUAUGGACCUCGUACGACUUAUAUCAUUGCUCUAAAAGAUUGCCCUGGAACCCACGAAUUUCUUCUUCUGGAUGAAGGCAAGUGGCAGCAUGUCAAAGACACCACAUCCAUUGGUGAAGGGAAGAUGUUCUCUCCCGGAAAUCUAAGGGCCACAUAUGAUAAUCCUGCCUAUGAUAAGCUGAUCAACUACUAUAUAAGACAGAAGUACACAUUGCGCUACACUGGAGGAAUGGUGCCAGAUGUCAAUCAGAUCAUUGUAAAAGAGAAAGGCAUCUUCACAAAUGUAACAUCUCCAACUUCUAAAGCUAAGCUGAGGCUUUUGUUUGAAUGUGCUCCCCUGGGGUUCCUGAUUGAGAAAGCUGGAGGAUAUAGUAGUGAUGGCACAAAAUCCAUCCUCGACAAGGUGAUCAACAAUCUUGAUGACCGCACGCAGGUCGCUUAUGGAUCCAAGAAUGAAAUCAUCCGGUUUGAGGAAACUCUGUAUGGCUUCUCUAGAGUUGCAGCUGGUACACCUGUUGGGGCCGUUGUCUGAACUGAGUUGCAUGUGGUUGUUCAGCCUCUUCUUGCCAAUAUUUUCAAAUAUGACUGUUGUGAUGUAGUGAAAACCAGUUCAGUUUCCAACUUUACAUCAGUGAAAGGAAAGGGAGGGCAAUAGAAGGUAAGGAGUAGCUUCCUCUUAUAAGCAUCUGUCAAGCGUAUUUUUCUAAAAAGCAACAAGUCUCCUUUCUUGAGUUCCU